ACGAAUGACACAUGUGAACAUGCCAAGCUCAAUCCAGCUGUCUUUCUCAAACCUUUAAUAGCGUUUAGCUUUUGAAGAACCUUAAGGCAUUUUUACAUGUUCUUUUCUACUUACUUUUUUAAGCCAGUUUUCAAAGUGUGUCUUUCGUUCUCUAGUUUUGCAUGUGAUUGCUUUUGAAGCCUCAACUCACCUGUUUCUCUGAUGGCAGAAAUGAUUGCCCAUUUGUGCUGUGGGUAACUAGGGUAAACAAACUGCCCAUCACAUGAAACUUAAGCUCUUACCACAGAACCAUGUUAAAAAUACCACAAGCUGUCUGCAUCUAUCGCUCUGGAUCAAUGAAAAUACUAUAGAAAUACAUAACAAUCACAUGUAUGUCUUUCUUAUUACAAAGUAGGCUUGCCGCGAUAGAUGGUGUUCGCGGUUAUACCGGUGUUAAGUCACAACACCGUUACGUCACUUGCCCUACCGUGGCACCGUAUUUAUUCAAAUAUUUAAGUAAGUAAAAUAAACCAUUUAGUUUAGAAGUGAACAGACACUAAUUAAAAAGUGUCUAAUUAAAAACUAAAAUCAGCUGCGCGCGCAAUGCAUGCCGAGCGGCAGUCACGUUGCGCAGAUCAGUGGCAGGAGUCGAGCUGACUAAAAAGAAAGAAUGGCGGAAGAUUUAGUUUCAAAACGCAAUGCAAAAGCGCCUAUUUGGCAGUAUUUUGGAUUCAAACCAAAUGCAAACAUUCAACCUGAAAAUGUUAACGAAGCAAUCUGCAAACUUUGCCUGACGAAGGUGGCAGCAUCCGGAGGAAACACAAGUAAUUUAUACACACACCUUCAAGUGCACCACAAAAAUGAGGCUGCCAAAAUGGGUCCUGCAGCAAAAAAUCGACCGCAGAAGCCAGACGCACAGGUACAGCCAUCAAUUAGUGAUGCAUUUGCGCGACGCACAAAAUAUUAGAGGGACAGUGUGAGGUGGAACAAAUGUACUGAUGCAGUGACUAAAUAUAUCUGCAAAGAUAUGGUGUCGUUCUACACGGUUGAAAAACAGUCUUUCAAAGAACUAAUAAACACACUCGACAGCCAAUAUGAACUGCCUGGGCGUUCAUAUUUCUCCUACACCGCUAUCCUUAGUGCCUACAUCCGUGUCCGGGGUGAGCUGCAACAGGCUAUUUCAACAGUCGAACAUUUUUCACUCUCAACGGACAUGUGGUCGAGCACAAAAAUGACACCUUACAUGUCACUGACGUUCCAUUUUAUUGACACGGAAUGGAAACUGGUGUCAAAAUGCCUCCAAACAAGUUUUUUGCCAGAGGACCACUCUGCCGCUAACUUGGCCGAUGCUCUGCAGGUGGCUCUGCAUGACUGGGGGUUAGAAGACAAUAAAGUGUCUUGUAUCACGACGGACAGUGGAAGCAACAUUAAAGCGGCUGUUCGUAAUUUAGGCUGGCCCUGGUUAAGCUUCUUUGGGCACAACCUGAACCUAGCUGUGUCCAACACUAUUGAGAAGAUGGAGAAAGCCCGCACAGACCGUGCCCUAGCAGUUUGUCGUACAAUAAACGGCAUAUUCUCUCACAGCUGGAGAAGGAAAAGGGAGCUGCAGAAAGCCCAGGUCGAGCUUGGCCUCCCCAAACACUCGCUUGUGACGGACUGUGCAACUCGCUGGGGCUCCAAGCAGAAAAUGAUUGAUAGGAUGUUAGAGCAAAGGACGGCCAUCAAUCGAGUUCUUGCUGAUGACCGUAAAUGUGAGCAUCACAUGGCAAGACGAGGAUGUGUUGCAAUCGUUGAACAAAGCGCUGAAGCCAGUGAGCGAGUUCACCGACAUUUUGUCUGGCAAAAAUUAUGUAACUGCAUCAUCUCUUCUCCCUGUGCUGCAUCUCAUUAAAGAGGACACAUUGGCCCCAUCGGAUGAGGAUGGACAACUGACAGCCAACCUAAAAGCCGGCAUAAUUUCAAUCUUAGACGAAAAAUAUGGAGCUCUGCCAGAAGCAAGCCGGCAGCUUAUGCGAAAGGCAACAUUCCUGGACCCGCGCUACCGGGGUGACCACGACCCGCAUGUUGAGGAGACCAAGAAGAUGAUAGAGGAAUUAGCGGUCAUCCUCGGCAGAAGAGCGCAGUCAGCGCAGUCAGCGCAGCCCACAAGAGAGGGAGGAGAAACUGAGGAGGAAACCACCGGCGUCGAGCCACAGGUCAAAAGAAAAAAGACUUUAGCUAGUUUAUUAAAAAGAAAGGCAGGCACUGCUACAGCAAAUCUGACCAUUCCAGAAAAGGUGGUGACAGAACUUGCCGACUAUGCUCAGGAUUCACCCAUCAACACAGAGCAGGAUCCUCUCGUUUGGUGGAAAGAUAAUGAAAGUCGGUUCCCCUUCUUGGCAAAGGUAGCAAAAAAAUAUCUUUGCGUGUGUGCGACAAGCUGCGCAUCCGAGAGGGUGUUUAGUACGAUGGGAAACAUCGUCACCCCCACAAGAUCCCACCUUAAGCCAGAGAAGGUCAACAUGUUGAGUUUCCUGGCAAAGAACAUGUAAACUGCAAGCAAGCCAAUUUAGUUUUUUUUAUUUUUUAUUUUGAAAAGACUGCUGACUUGCCAUUUAUGUAAGGUGAUUUUGGAAGUUUUUUUUACUUUCGUUUAUUACUUAUUUGGUUUUACCUUAUUUAAUUAAAAAAAAAUAUUUAGUCCCAUUUUAUUUCCUCAUUCGUUUUAAAAAACGUUCUAAUAGGCUACGUGAUAAACGUUCUAUUAUUUAGGCUACUUUGUUCCACACCACAGUUUGCUGAUUUUCUGUUUUUUUAGCCUAUAUAGCAUGGUGUAUUUUUAUUCAUUAUAUUAAUAAAAGUUUGUUGUUUCAUAUAAGUGAGUUUGAAUUUUUUCCCCCUGUAUUGUUGUAGUUUAUUCAAGCAUUGACGCCGAAUUGGCAAUACACGCUAAUUCAAAAGUGAAAUGCACACAUAGUUUGCUGAUUUUCUGUAUUAUUCAGCCUAUGUAGCAUGGUGUAUUUUUCUUUGUUAUAUUAAUAACAGUUCGUUGUUUCAUAUAAGUGAAUUUUUGUUUUCCUGUAUUGUUGUUUAUUCAAGCAUUGACGCCGAAUUGGCAAUUAACCGCUAAUUCAAAAGUGAAAGUGAAAUGCGCACAGGCAUAGGCUAUUUAAAAGCGAAGGAAAAGAGGGAAACUCCAACGAACACAACACCCCCCCCCCCCGGUGAUAUCGGUAUUACCGGUGUCGUCACUUAUUGAUAAACUGGUGGGAAAAUUUCCUCACCGUCACAACCCUAUUACAAAGGUAUAUAAAACAACCGAUUAGCUCAUAUUAUAUCAAUUACAAUUUAUCUCACACAAUAAUCUGGUCCAAAUACAUACCAGAGCAGAUGCGAGAUGAGAAACACACCCUGAGGUUAGGAAGCAGCUCGCAAUUUACCCAAACAAUGAAAACAACGCCUGCACGAGUUCAGUGAACAAACCCCUAUGUGCACAAUGCAGCCUGACUAACUAAAAAGAGUCGCUAAAAAUAGAUGUUAUAAUUCAAUAAUUAACUAUAAUCAAUAAAUUACAUUUUAGUAAUGUCUAAUAUUUUCAUUACCUGGCAGUGACGAGUUGCUUCGCAACACAAUGAUUAGCCAUUCAACAACAUGACUUGCUGACACUAACUUAGUAGGUCAAUAUACAAAACUUUAUCACGUUUAAUCACGUUUCGCAUCUUUUACUUUUUCCAUCUAAAAUAGUCUAACAUGUUUAGCAAGACAAUAACAAAGAUUUAGGCUUGGCAAACUUGAUUUCCAACAAUGCUGUGUUUUAAAAUCUGCAAUUCAUAACACACAAGUAUGCUACGCUUUCUUAGU